AUGAUAUAAGACGAUUCGGCUAAUUAAAGAGAUGAUCUUGAGUUUACGGGAAGAGAUGCUACUGGAGACAUAGAAAAUUUAAUGAAUUCAAAAUCUUAGGAAUCAAGUGAUGAUCAGUUUGAGCAAGAGAAAAUAUUUAUCGAAUGGAAAAAUAUUAACUUUUAUGUUCCAGCAAAAAGUAAAUCUAAAUUUCAAACCUCAAAAGAGGAGUCUAAAUUUCGAGAUCUAGAAGAAUCAGGAAAGUAGGAGGUGCUUCUGAAAGAUGAAGAUAAAAACCAUCACUUGGUUGAGGAAUAUGUCUAAGUAAAGGGUAGAAAUAUGAAGAGAAUUUUGAAAGAUUGCACAGGACAUGCUUGUCCAGGAGAGAUCUUGGCAAUUAUGGGUCCAAGUGGUAGUGGAAAGACAUCAUUGCUGAAUAUACUAAGUCAGAGACAAAACUUAAGUUAUGGAAGCUCGAUAGAUGGAAAUUUGCAAGCGAAUAAAAGGGAGAUUGAAAAAUCAGAUUUUGGAAAGUUUGGUGCAUUUGUCUAGUAAGAUGACGUAUUGUUAAUGACAUUUACACCAUUCUAACUUUUGACGUUUGCAGCUAAAAUGAGAACUAAUUUGGCAAUUGAGAAAUAAAAAUCGAGAGUUGAAGAUAUAAUAAAGAGACUAAGGCUUUAAAGCUGUCAAAAUACAUAUGUUGGAGGUAUUCUAAUGAAAGGACUUUCUGGUGGAGAAAAGAAGAGAACAUCAAUCGGAUAUGAACUAAUCACUAACCCUAAUCUAUUAAUCUUAGAUGAGCCCACUAGUGGUCUUGAUUCAUCGACUGCUCUUCAAAUUAUCCAACUCCUUAAAAGAGAAACUCAGAGAGGCAUGACAGUUAUAUGUACAAUCCAUCAGCCAUCCUCUGCUAUCUAUAAUUUAUUCAAUAGAAUCCUGGCUCUUUCAGAUGGCUACACUGUAUUCAAUGGAUAAGCAAGCGAAAUUUAGCAAUACUUCUAAAAUAUAGGAGUGAAAUUCCCCAAAUUUACCAAUCCUGCAGAUUUUUUAAUUAGAUUGGCUAUUGAUCCAUCAUUGAUAAGAAAAGAUCUCUCUGCUGAGUCACUUUAAAAUCAAGCAGUAAACUCUUACUCUAUACCAGAUAAAUAUCAACAUUAGACAGGCCUAAAUAGAAGGUUCUCAGUCAUAGGUAUCGAUAGGAAAAUCACAUUCUAACAGCAAUUAAGUUAUUUAUUAAUAAGACAAUUCACUUAUCUUUUAAGAAAUCCUAGGACAGUAUAUGGAUGCUUAUUCAUUUCAAUAUUUAUGAUUAUCCUGUAAUCAGCACUGUUUCAUGAUAUUGGACAAAAAUAAUUAUCCCUCACAGAUUACGAUGCAAAUUAUAGAACUUUAGGCAAUUGGGCUGGAUUCGUAUUUUUUGGCGUGUCUGAUCCAUUCAUCUCAAUCGGAAUGGCUUAAAUCUUACAGAUACCAUUAUUGAAUCCAGUUUAUUAUAGAGAAAAAGCUAGUGGGCUAUAUUCAGUUCAUGCAUACUAUUUAUCAGUGUUUAUUAGUUCAAUUACUAUGCUGCUUUUUUAUCCAUUCAUAGUUGGUUUUGGAACAUUCUAUUUUAUCAAACCAAUGAACUAAUCAGCUGAUAACUUGUUUAGAUGGAUAUUAGUUUUGCUAAUGGAGACUCUUAUAGGUUCAAGUUACGGAUUCAUGAUGGGAUGUAUCUUUGAUUCUGAUUAGACAGGGAUAAUCAUGAUGAUGUACACUGUUAUUAUUUAUGAUAUGGGAGCUGGAGUGUUCACCAAUCUAAAGAAUGCUAAUUUUGUGAUUAAAUUUCUCAGCUAUAUUAGUCCAUUUAGGUAUGCCAAUGAAAUUUAACUUAGAAGACUACUUGAUACUAAUCCAGCUAAGGAUAUAGCUUUGGAAUAUUAUACUUAUACCUAUGGCGAGGGUACCUGCUAUGCAGUUUUAGCAAGUUUUAUAGUAAUAUUUUUCCUAGUUGGAUAUGCUGCGCUUUAUUAUAAGUCUCGAUCAAUAUGA